AUGGAGGAAGCAGGGAUCGUUGAACAAAGAGCGAGCCCCUGGGGUUCCGCGGUAACGCUGGUAGCCAAAGCCGAUGGUACACCCCGGUUCUGUGUAGACUACCGGACGACGGUCAACAAACACCUAAUCCGUAAAUCGUGGCCCAUGCCCGAAAUGGCUAGCCACAUUGACACCGUUGCAGGUGCUAAGUAUAUCACCGUCUGUGACGUUCAGAGCGCAUACCACCAGCUACCCAUCACCGAUAAAGCAGAGCAAGACAAAACUGCCUUUGUAACACGGAAUGGAAAAUGGGUCUUUAAACGCCUCCCCUUCGGAAUUGCCAAUGCACCAUUUUUAUUUCAACGCACUAUGGCUUUAGCUUUUGCUCACUUUGGACCGAAAUCGGGUCUCCUCGUGUACAUGGAUGACUUAAUCUGUUGUUCAUCAACGUGGGAAGGCCACUUAUCCUUGUUGGAAAACACUUUCAAGGCUUUGCAAACAGCAGGGCUCACCUUGAAACCUUCCAAAGUACAAUUCGGACCCAGAGAGGUGAAAUAUUUGGGACACAUCCUAUCUGCCGAUGGGAUACGCCUUGGUGAAGAUCGGAUCAAAUCAAUUCUAGAUUUGCCUACACCCACGAACAUCAAAGAACUACGUUCAGUGCUAGGUAUGGUGAACUAUGUCAGGAAAUUCAUACCUAACCUAGCCGCCAUUACCGCGCCCUUGGUUGAACUCACGAAAAAGGAAGCAGUUCAAUCGGUAGCGAAACGCUGGGGUCCAGAACAUGACAAGGCAUUUGCUGAAAUAAAGAGUUUACACACGAAAGCACCUGUCUUGCAUUUCCCGGAUUUCUCUAAAGAGUUUGCGAUUCAUGUCGAUGCAUCUGAAACUGGAGCAGGAGCCUUCCUAGCCCAGAAGAAUGGUGACGAUCUGAACAUCAUUGCUUAUUUUAGCCAGCGAUUCAACAAGAGCCAACGACACUAUUCCGCAACCAUGAAGGAGUGUUACGCUGUAGUUUUGGCAAUCCAACAUUGGAGGCCAUACCUAUGGGGUCGACACUUUACGUGCGUCACUGACCACGCAGCGCUAAGCAUAAACCAGGGAAGCUACAUGUAG